AUGCUUCAAACUUUUCAUAUAUCUAUCUAUCCAUCUAUCUAUCUGCUUCUGCUUUUCAUACUAUCUAUCUAUCUGGCUUCAAACUUUCCUUUCUAUCUAUCUAUCUAUCUAUCUAUCUAUCUAUCUACUUUUUUCAUAUCUAUCUAUCUAUCUGUUCAAACUUUUCAUAUCUAUCUAUCUAUCUAUCUAUCUAUCUAUCUUCUUCAAACUUUUCAUAUCUAUCUAUCUAUCUAUUCAAAUCUUUCUAUAUCUAUCUAUCUAUCUAUCUAUCUAUCUAUCUAUCUGUAUCAAACUUUUCAUAUCUAUCUCCUUCAAACUUUUCAUAUCUAUCUAUCUAUCUAUCUAUCUAUCUAUCUAUCUACUUCAAACUUUUUCAUAUCUAUCUAUCUUCUAACUUUUCAUAUCUAUCUAUCUAUCUAUCUGUAUAUCUACUUUUCAUAUCUAUCUGCUUCAAACUAUCUAUCUAUCUAUCUUUUCAUCUAUCUAUCUAUCUAUCUAUCUAUCUAUCUAUCUGCUUCAAACUUUUAUCUAUCUAUCUAUCUAUCUAUCUGCUUCAAACUUUUCUAUAUUUCUAUCUAUCUGCUUCAAAUUUUUCAUAUCUAUCUAUCUAUCUAUCCAUCUAUCUAUCUAUCUAUCUAUCUAUCUAUCUAUCUAUCUAUCUAUCUAUCUAUCUUCAAACUUUCUAUCUAUCUAUCUGCUUCAAAACUUUUCAUGCUAUCUAUCUAUCUAUCUAUCUCUCUGCUUCAAACUUUUCAUCUAUCUAUCUAUCUAUCUGCUUCAUUUAUCUAUCUAUCUAUCUAUCUAUCUAUCUAUCUUCAUCUAUCUAUCUAUCUAUCUAUCUAUCUAUCUAUCUAUCUACUCUAUCUAUCUAUCUAUCUGCUUCAAACCUUUCCUUAUCUAUCUAUCUAUCUAUCUAUCUAUCUAUCUAUCUAUUUUUCUAACUGCUUCAAACUUUUCUAUCUAUCUGCUUCCAAACCUUUCAUAUCUAUCUAUCUAUCUGCUAUCUAUCUAUCUAUCUAUCUAUCUAUCUAUCUAUUUAUCUAUCUAUCUAUCUAUCUAUCUAUCUGCUUCAGACUUUUCAUAUCUAUCUAUCUAUCUAUCUAA